UAAGAUAACACAUGGACCAUCAAACAUUUUAGCCCCCUUCCGUGCCCAACUUUCUCUCAGACCCGAAAAUGAAAGACCUCUUCUAAUGGCAGAAGAAGCACACAACAGCAACUCCAUGAAUGCCCUGCCAAAGGUUCUCGUUCUGGGUCCCCCAACGUGCUUCAUAACCCUCCAACCUCUCUACUCUCACAAGUUCCAUUUCCUCAACCCCCACACCUCAAGCCUUUCACUGCAACACUUCCUCCACCACCACCACCACCACCCUUCCUCCGUCUCCGCCGUUCUCUGCGGUGCAUCCUACUCCGUCACCGCCAACGUCCUCUGCCUCCUGCCCGCGCUCCGCCUCAUCGUCACCACCAGCGCCGGAACCGACCACAUCGACCUCGCCGAGUGCCGCCGCCGCGGAAUCCAGGUCGCCGGCGCCGGAGAGCUGUUCUCCGAGGACGUCGCCGAUAUGGCCGUCGCCCUGCUCACUGACGUUAUGAGGAAAAUUUCGGCGGCGGAUCGGUAUUUGAGGACUCAGCAGAAUCACGACACUACGCCUUGGGAUUUUUUCACAUUCGGCUCCAAGUUAGCAGGUAAGCGAGUUGGGAUUAUUGGACUGGGAAGCAUUGGCAUGGAAGUGGCCAAGAGGUUGGAGUCUUUUGGUUGCAUUAUCUUAUACAACUCUAAGCAUAAAAAAGCUUCAGUUUCGUAUCCUUUCUAUUCUAGCAUGGUGGAUCUUGCAACUACUUGCGACGCUCUUGUGUUAUGUUGCGCACUAAAUGAGCAAACAAAGCACAUAAUUAACAGGGAAGUCAUGUUGGCAUUGGGAAAACAAGGAUUUAUUGUCAAUGUUGGAAGAGGGGGUCUUAUUGAUGAAAAGGAAUUGGUCAAGUGUUUGAUGGAAGGUGAAAUUGGAGGUGCUGGUUUGGAUGUGUUUGAGAACGAGCCUCAUGUUCCCAAAGAACUCCUUGCAAUGAAUAAUGUGGUUUUAUCUCCACAUUCUGCUGCUUUUACUGUGGAAUCUAUGAUGAAUUUGUGUGAACUUAUGGGAGGCAAUUUAGAAGCCUUCUUCUUAAAUAAGCCCCUAAUUACUCCUGUAAUGUUGCCUCAAUAACUUGUUCUUUUGAUAACCUAGUAUCGUACGUGUGGUACAAUUUUAUGACAUUCCUGCAAUGAUUCUGAUUAAGUUUUAAAUGAAUUUGUUCUAUUCCAAAAACCAUCUCUGCAAAGUGCCUUGGCAAGUGUAUUUCAAACUCUGUUUUGAUCAAGGGAAGGAAAUAAAGCAAGCUCUAUUUGAUCA